GAAGCGGACAGCGCUAAAUUAUUCCAAAUUUUUCAUCAUGAAAUAAUUAUGGAUAAAGAAAGUACUGGAUGUUUUGCGUGGAUUGUAAACUUUAAGCAAUCCUGUAAUGAACGGUGGGCCAGAUUCAGAAAUCGUCUCCGCCGACGAUUUUAUGCUCCUAGGGGUCAGACGAUAGACCCAUCAACAAUUGUAAACGAGACUGGUACCAUGGACAUGGUUAUUACCAAAACUUACAAGACAAACAAAAUACUACCAGAAAGCUUAGCUGCACCAGGGACAACUGCAAAAGAAUGUCCAGAAGAUGUUGUUACUGCACCAGCUACAGGAAUUAAUGAAGGCGUUGAAAAACUCGUCGGAGAAUACGUGACCGGUAUCAUAAACAAUGUUGCACGCACUUUGUGCAUGGAGAGACAGGCGUUGCCAGGCAACACAAAUGUCAUCAUGGAAAAUUCUGCAGACAAUGUUUCUCUGUCACCAAGUAUCAUCAGCCAAAUCGCCAACAUAGCAGUGGCAGAAAGCCUAUCCAAUAUUGUAUUAGAAUCAGACGUCAACCAAUCCGCCAUUCACAGAGAUAUCAAAGAAUUUAUGGUGCAAAUGACUUUGAAACUGCUGGAGAGGAACCUGAUGAUGGCCAACCUGCGGCAAGAUUAUAAUUGCUGAGAAGGACAUUAAAAUACAAGUGUAUUUAGACGAAGCUGAUUUUUUAAAAAUAUUUUGCAAACAUUUUCAUCGAAUCACAUUUCCACAUUGUUUGUGUGAGGUUCUGAAUUUUAUUUUUUGCAAUAAAGUUCAUAGAAACUUCGAGGAAA